AUGGUCCAACCAGCCAAUCCUGUGAAUUCCAAUCUUCCCCGCGAAGGAGUAUCGACCUUACUCCAUCGCAGUUGCAAUGCCUGCAACCGCAGGAAGGUCCGAUGCAACAAGAAAUCUCCGUGCGAUAACUGCGUGAGGCUUGGAUUUGAGUGUACCUUUCCACCGCCUGGACGCAAGGCCCGGACAAGACCAGCAAAAACAUCCAACGCUGAGUUGAUCUCGCGAUUAAGCCUCUUGGAACGGGAAGUGCAGAAGCUUGGCGCGCAAAACCUUGCUGCUGAUACCGCCGUGGACAACCUGGAAGAUCAGCACAUUGAGAAGACUCUGGAGAGCAGCCACACUGCGGCUUCAUGGCCGUCGAAUACCCCUGCAAAUCUCGAAGCGGGCGCGGAAGAGUUCGAAGAGGAGGGAACUGGGAUCCAUGGAGGUCAGACUUCACCAGUGCCGUCUCUCACCACCUCUGAAAGUACACUAGGACAACAAUUUGGACGGCUGGUCAUCGACAGAAGCAAUGGGACAAGCCGUUAUGUGAACCAUAGGGUUCUGACGGAUCUGGGAGAUCAGAUCAAGGAACUUCGUGAUGCUUUCGAUCCCCAAUCAUCGCCGACACCAUCAUCCGAGGGAGAUACUUCAUCUCCAGACUCUCCUGCGACAUACUCUGAAACACAUAGCCCUUUCAUGUUCGGUUAUCGUUCUUCUGUUUCUUCUCUACACGAAUACCAUCCGUCGCCGACGAUGAGCCAUCUGCUUUUGAAUGUCUUCGAAGAGAACAUUGCACCCAUAAUCAUGAUCAUUCACAAGCCAGCGUUGAGGGGCCUUAUCCAAACGUCUUGCGCAAAUCCCGAAGAGCUUGAUAGGGGUUCCGAAGCGUUGGUGUUUUCUGUGUACUUCGCUGCAGCCUCUAGCUUGACACCUGAACAAUGUGUCGCCCAAUUAGCGGAAGAUCACGCUGUCGUGGUCAAGCGAUACCGCUUCGCUGUUGAACAGGCACUGGCGCGCGCAGGGUUCUUCCAUACCCACAAACUAAUUGUAUUACAAGCAGCCGUCCUUUUCUUGACAUGUGCUUGUAGGCCAAAGGAUACUCAAUUUGUGUGGACCAUGAUAGCCGUGGUUGCCCGGGUUGGGCUUGGUUUAGGGCUCCAUCGUGACGGCAGCCACUUUGGCCUCAGCCCCUACGAAACAGAAAUGCGGCGCCGAGUCUGGUGGUACAUCUAUCUACUAGAUGUUCAAUCAUGUUAUUUUCAGGCGACGAGCCCCCAGAUUCGCGAAGGGGACUACGACACGCGAUUACCGUUGAAUAUAAACGAUGAUGACUUGUCUCAGGAGUCGGUGGAUAUUCCGCAAGAACGGACUGGCUUUACGGAAAUGACGCUAACACUGGUCCGCUGUGAGAUCCUGAUGUCCCGUCGCAAAUCUAUGCAAAUGACAAGCCUAGGGGCUGAUGGCCCGAACGUCUUGUUCCAAAACCGCAAUCUUGCAAUAGAGCAGUCCAAGCGGCUCCUUGACGAACGACACCUCCAAUUUUGUGACCUCAGCAUCCCUAUUCAUUGGGUGGCAGCAACGAUUGCACGAGUCGCACUUGCACGACUAUGGCUAGUUUCUCAUUUCUCUCUCCUAACCGCGCAAGGCUUCGAUGCAAAUCAGUGGCCCGAUCGAUGCGAAGUUCUUAUCUUAACGGCCGUCGAGGUCUUGGAGUUCGUCUAUUUGCUUGAGACCAACGAGAACACCGCCAAAUGGUCCUGGUUAUUCCAGGGAUAUGUGCAAUGGCAGCCGUUUGCUUUUGUUCUAUCAGAACUCUGUGUGCGCCCGGCUUCCUCGUUGUCCGAUCGUGCGUGGACGAUUGUAACCCGGGUUUGGGAACGGUGGAAUGAGACAAGGACUCACAAAGAUGGGCUGAUCAUGCGACCACUCGAACGUCUGAUGAAACGGGCUUCUGCAGUUCGCACUCGUCUAUCUAGUCAGUCGGAGCUAUCUGCUGUCAUUGAAUUCAACCCGACCGAGAUGGAAAUUGCGGACUCACUAAUGGCGGACCAAAGGGAGGAUUUGCCGGGGGAUCUACUGGCUGUUGACACCGCAUCCUUGGACAUUUUUAGGGAUGUGGUGAUGAACUUGGGUUUAUAA